GCGCACUACAUCUGGAAUUAAAAAAGUCGUCUAUUCAAAUAAUACAAGCAGAGUUAGGUCAUUAGGUCAAUAAAGUCUAUAAAUUAUUCAUCGUCACUUUCAGAGUCUGAGGUGUUCACCAUGUCGAGGAACUUUUUCAAAUGUCUUUUAUCGGAAAGGUUCAAGAUCUCAGGGCCCUUUUCUGGUUCCUUAUGCAGAUAUUGACCUGUAUUGGUGUUGGCGUUGCUGCUGCCGGUGCUGCUGUUACUGCUGCCGGUGCUGCUGCUGUUACUGCUGCCGGUAUUGCUGCUGGCAUUAGAGUGACUAGCGUUAGCGUUGGAGUUUUGAUUGGCACUCAUGUUGGAACAAAUGCUUUGGACGUUUUCGAUAUGCUUUACGCAUUGGCUACCCCUGGUUCUGCUUUCCAACCUUCUAUUAAAAAACCUCAGGUUUCAUGGCGUCUUAGAAAAUUUAAAAAAAUUUAUAUGGAAAGAAGAGGUUUGUCUAACCCUAGUUCAACUGAAAGCUCCUUAAAUGAUAAUUCUAGUCUAAUUGACUAUAUAAAGUUUGAUUGAACUUACUUGCACCGUUUUUUCAUUGUUUCCUACAAAGAUAUCAAAUGUCGAUUAAUGGUUAAACUGUUGGUGCCUGACUUCAAUAAUUAGGUGAUUUACGGAGUCACUGCCUUCGUCUAUUGUUGUUAACUGAAUCAAUCUUCGUGCAAACGUCUAUUACUGCAAGCAAUUAUAUACUCAUCAACAUUUUCGUCAAUGUAUUGGCGCCAAAAUUAUUGUUUUCCGCAAAGACUGAAAAUCCUCAGCCAAAAUGAUAAGCGAAGAACCUUCUCAACACAUUCUAGUGGGAAUUCUACAUUCUAUUUUUCAAUAAAUAUUGUAUAUUCAAUAAAUGUAUAAAUAAGCAAG